UGUAACCGUUUACAACUGGAUGCUAAGCGAGCUGCAUGUUCCGUUGUAAAGGGAAUUGGAGGCUCUAGUAAGUCGAUCCAGGGUUCCGUGAAUAUUUCGUUUUCUUCACGCUUUGAUCGAAACGUCAGUUUCGUUAUGGAGUCCUUGGUGGUGGAUAAAGUAACUGAACGCCUGCCUACUGUCGCAGUUGAUGUUUCCGCACUUUCUUACUUAAGAAACCUACCUUUGGCUGAUGAUACUUACGCAGUCCCUGGAGAGAUUGAGAUGUUGAUCGGGGCUUCAAUUUUCCCGCAUCUUUUGUUGCCCAACAAGGUUCAAGGUCAACACGGUCAUACUACCCCGUGCGCCCUGGAAACCGUACUCGGUUAUGUCAUCGUUGGUUUCGCACCCGCUUUAAUUGAAAAUUACGCUACCGUUUCGUACUGUUGCGCCGCUGAUUCGAUGGAAUACGUCGUUCGUAAAUUCUGGGAAAUGGAGGAGGUCAACGUACCCCCUAUUCUCAGUCCUGACGAUAGGGAAUGUGAAGAAAUCUAUACUCGCACCACCGUCCGUGAGAAAGACGGUCGAUAUGUUGUCGCGCUCCCCUUCAAGGGUGAUGUUUCUUCGCUCGGUGACUCGCGUCUCAUGGCUGAAAGGCGCUUUAUGUGCCUGGAGCGCAAGAUGCAAUCCCUACCAAAGUUAAGGAAAGCUUACGACGAUGUGAUUUAUGAAUACCUGGAUAAGGGUUACAUAUCAGAAGCACCGCCUGAAACAGAUAACGGUAAUGACGCACCGUCUUAUUUUAUUCCGCAUCAUGGGGUCAUUCGGGAAGAUAAGGUUACUUCCAAACUUCGCGUCGUGCUAGAUGCUAGCGCUAAGACUAGUACGUCUGUGUCCCUCAAUGAUAUAUUGUACGGUGGUACAAACUUGCAAGGGAACUUGUACAAGAUUUUAAUAAAUUUUCGGCUAUUUCGUAUAGCGCUCUCCGCUGAUAUCAGACAAAUGUUUUUGUGCAUUGGCAUUCGUGAUUGUGAUCACAGAUUUCAGCGCAUUUUGUAUCGUUUCACGCCUGAAGAACCUCUUAAGAUCUAUCAGUUUAAUCGUGUUUGUUUUGGUUUGAAGUCAAGCCCCUUUCAUGCUUUACGCACUAUCAAACAGCUCACAGCUGAUGACGGCGAUUCCUUUCCCAAGGCGAAGGAAACCGUAGAGACCGGCUUGUAUAUGGACGACUUCGUCUAUUGUGUCGAUAAUGAAGAUGAAGCCGUAGACACCACUUCAGAAGUUAUAGGACUUAUGAAGGCUGGCCAAUUCGAUCUCGUCAAAUGGACUAGUAACUCGCAAAGAGUUCUAGAUUCCAUUCCGCUAUCGCACCGUCUUUCUUCCGUUAAGGAAUUCGAUGAAAGUGACGUACAUAAGAUUCUCGGUUUGUGUUGGUCACCUACUACUGACGUGUUUAGUCUUAAAAUUUGUACUCCCGCAGAAAGAUGUACCAAACGCACCAUAUUGUCUUGCGUAGCAAGAAUAUGGGAUUUGAUGGGCUUCGUUGCUCCUGUGGUUUUGUAUGCCAAGCUUCUUAUAAAGGAACUUUGGCUUAGUGAUUGCGAUUGGGAUGACACCCCUCCUGACAGUAUUGCUAAACUGUGGAUUCGCUUCCGAGAGGAACUGCCCAUUCUUGAGCAGAUUAAAAUACCGCGCCAUGUGGGUAUUACACGGGAUAGUGUUGUGAACAUUAUUGGUUUCGCUGAUGCCAGCGAAAAGGCUUACGGGGCAGUUGUCUAUUUUCACGUUCAAAACGGUGAUAAUAUCACUGUCAAUCUCAUUAGCGCCAAAUCAAAGGUGUCACCUAGUAAGGUCGUUUCCUUGGCUAGGCUCGAGCUUUGCGCUGCCCUAGUGCUAGCUACUCUCAUCGAUACCAUUGUCGAUGCUUGCAACAACCGUCAUCCAAUCGACAAUAUUUUUGCAUUCUCGGAUUCAACCGUAGCUCUUUGUUGGAUUCACUCUUCGCCCCACAGGUGGACUACAUUCGUGGCUAAUAGAGUUUCCAAAAUUCAGUCUUUGUUGUCACCGCAAAACUUUUAUCAUAUUCCCGGUUCAAGCAAUCCUGCUGACUGUUUAUCGCGGGGACUUACUCCGUCGCAAAUAAUUGAUCAUCCGCUUUGGUUCCAUGGACCUUCCUGGACCAAUUUACGCCCUUCCGAUUGGCCUGUCGUAGCUUUCAAUCCGUCGACCAUGUCACAGCCACCGGAAGAGAAGAAACAUACUUUGAUAGUAUCAGCUCCGCCAGAGGAAUCUCCUAUUAUCGUUCUCGCUAAUCGCGUUUCGUCUUGGUCGAAGCUUCUGCGUUGCGUCGUUUACAUGUGUAGAUUCAUGAAAAAAUUACCGUCACGUGAAUACGUGUCCGCCGCAGAUUUGAAUUUUGCUGAACAUCUAGUUCUUCGUGAACUACAGGCUUUACAUUUCUCGAACGAAAUCGCCAACCUGCGAGCUGGCAAACCCUGUUCUCGCACUUUUCAACGCCUCAAGCCGUUCUUGCACGAAGGCUCUACACGGAAUUCGCACCGCACGCUCCGCGAAUUAAAUCAAGGGCUUUAA